AUGCUCGGUGCUCGAUAUCUGGCACUGACGCAGGACGACAGCGCGACAACGGUAUCCGCACGACAGAUCGAACCAGGUGACACGAUACCGCUGGCAGACAACACCGCCGAUCAACUUGACGGCACUGAUGAACGGGUUCAAACCGUUGUUCGCCGCGCUGCAGCCCGAGCAGGUGAACACGCUCACGCGAAGUUUUGUCGAAAAACCUUCAACGGCCAGGGCCAGGCGAUGACCACCCUCCUCGACCAGAUCGCAACCAUGAGCUCCGGCCUUGUCGACCGUCAGGACGUCUUCGCACAACUACUCACGAACAUGAACACUGUUCUCACCUCCGUCGACGAACGCCAACCUGAAUUGGUCGGUUCGCUGGACGGUUUGAAACGAUCUGAGUACUUCCGUCGGAAACCGAACUGUCCGUCGUUGGCUCAGAUCAUGGCCGGGUCGAACGGCGCGUUCGGUCAGACCGUGCAACAACUCGAAAGUGUCACCGGAGUUGGAUUGCGAGCACCGACGAGUUCUAGAACUUCUCGUCAACCUUCCCAGUUCGCCGACGCCGCCAACCAGAUCGGAAGUUACGGAAGUUUCAUCAGCCUGUAUCUGUGCAAUUUCACUCUGAAGGCAGGCGACAUGGAAGCCAACAUCUUCGGUCCGACACAUUCGCCGGUGUGCUCAAUGAUGUUCCUGGUCAAGCUGAUCGACGUGUUCGUCGGCAUCAUGCUCUUCCUGUUCAAAGGGGAUCGCCGUCGCAGCGGUAGCGGCACCGCUCUCGCCCUGGGUAGUCUCGAAUCUUCGUUCUGGUGGUGGGACUCGGCGCCGCCGGGCAUUCCGAAGCUCUGGUACAACGUACGCACGUCGGCAUACACAGCGGAGUUGGCCAAUGCCAGCGGGCUUUCCGACACCGAUCCGGUUUACGUGGCCGGGGUUCCCGCGGGCCGAGUGGAUUCGAUCGACCUUGCCGGCGACCACGUCGCCAGUCAACUUCCGCUUGGACAAGGACCAGCCUUUGGGAAACCAGAGCACGGCGACUGUCAGGCUCAAGACGGUCCUUGGCAAGCGCUACCUGGAGAUCGUGCCGGCCGGAGUCGUCGACCGACUCCGAUGCGCGGGUCAUCCCGCUCUCCCUGCACAACCGUGCCGUACAGCCUCGACGACGUCAGCAGUGAUGCCACCACUGCGGCCACCGGCGUCGACCUACAGGGCGAUGGAGUCCAUGAUGAACACCCUUUCGCAGCGGCGGCCCCGGCGGCUUUCGCGCAGAACAGUGAACAGAUCGACCAGAUUCUCAUCAUGUCCCGCGAGCUGUCGGACAUGGCUGCGGCACAAACCGAUUCGAUAGUCGGUACUGCGGCCAAUGCUCAGACGAUCGUUCGUACUCUUGCGAUGCGCAAGGACGCACUGACUCAGCUGGUCGACAACCUGACAAUCAUCAUCUCGAAGUCUCCACCACUUUCGUCGAUCGUCAGGACGAGUUCUGGAGCCAUGACCGACAACCUCUCCAGGACCGUCUACGCCGAUUUCAGCUACGUCGGCGGAAUCUACGAGGGAAGCAGGUCACCGUCCUCGGAGUCGGCGCGUCGGGACGGUCACGUCGGUGGAACCUCGCGGAACUUCUGUUCGAGUAGCGAUGUCGAUGCCCAACUCCGCGGGACCUGCCCGCCGACGCCUCGGCCUAUGUCCAAUCCAUCGGUGAUCAGCGAUCGCCACAUCGAACUCGGCCCGGCUUACACCGGCGGAGAGACGCUGAAAGACGGCGACCAGAUUCCGAUCGAACCACUUUGGCCGGACGCAUUUGCCGGGGAUGGGGGCAAUCUCGGCGAUCUCGUGAGCCGCGGCGCUGCCGGAUGGCAGGGUCAGGGCGAUCAAUUCAACACCGCAAUUCGCAACUCAGCACGGCAACCGGAGUUGUCUGGCGCUCGGUCGGAAGACAUCGGUGCCCCCGUCGACAAUCUCAAUACCUUGAUGAAUGCUCUGGACGCGAGGCAGGUCAGCCUCGACGAACUUGUCGGUGACCUCGGCACAUUGGGCGAUCAGUGGGCGAACCAGAACAUGGACAUCUCACAGCCUCUGCAGGAUCUGCAGGUGGUCUUCGACCAGUUGAACAGUUUCCAUGACAACUCACGGCGA